ACAAUUAUCAGAAUCCUACAUUCCCUGUACAACACCUUUUUUCCCACUAAAUUCCUUGCUUUGUCCAGAAAAAAAAAAAAGAAUCUGAACCCAAAAAGUUCUCAGAUUGCCACUGUCUUUUUGUCUUUUUAGUGCUCACAGUUUUUCUCAAAUCAAAGAUUGUUGUAUUAAAUUUCCAACUAGGAUAUGGCCAAGUGUUGCAGCUUUACUGCAUCAAGAAACUGGUGCUUUAAAUACUCUUUUUCAAACUCAGGCCUAAAAUCUUCCACUACAGAUUUAACUGAUGGUACUAUUAUGCAUUGUUGGAUUCCUAAAAACCACAAAGAAAAAAAGCCCACUUUAGUCCUUAUUCAUGGAAUUGGAGCUAAUGCAAUGUGGCAAUGGAAUGAAUUCAUCUCACCUUUAUCAUCAAGAUUCAAUCUUUAUGUUCCUGACUUGUUAUUUUUUGGUGAAUCUUAUACUACUAGACCUGAAAGAAGUGAACUUUUUCAAGCACAGUGUGUUAUGAGGAUAAUGGAAGUUUAUGGGGUUAAGAAAAUGACAGUUGUGGGGUUGAGUUAUGGUGGUUUUGUAGGGUAUAGUAUGGCUGUUCAGUUUCCUGAGGCAGUGGAGAGAGUUGUUUUAGGGUGUUCUGGUGUUUGUCUUGAGGAAAAGGAUAUGGAAAAUGGGAUGCUUCAAGUGAAAAGUGUAGAGGAGGCUGUUUCAAUUUUGUUGCCACAAACUCCUGAGAAGUUGAGGCAGCUUAUGAAAUUAUCCUUUUAUAAGCCUGCUCAGAAGGUUCCUUCUUGUUUCCUCAAUGAUUUUAUUGAUGUAAUGUGCACAGUUAAUCAUCAAGAAAGAAAGGAGUUGAUCGAAGCAUUACACAAUAACAGAAAGUUCUCUGAUCUUCCUAAUAUUACUCAGCCCACGUUGAUAAUAUGGGGAGAAUAUGAUCAGAUAUUCCCACUGGAAUUGGCUCACAGAUUAAAAAGGCAUUUAGGCGAGAACGCCCAACUCGUGAUAAUAAAGGAUGCGGGACAUGCAAUUAACAUGGAGAAACCGAAGGAGCUUUACAAACACUUGAAGUCUUUCCUUCUUGAUUCUCACCCUCAUACUAAGCAGGACAAUAAUGGCGAUUGCCACAAACAAGAUUAAAAGAGUGAAGAAGAUAUUACAUUGGAGGGAUUUUUCUGGUAAUUUGCCUGAAUCUCUUGGCUACCUAACUUCACUGCAUUAAUUGUCACUUGAUUGUUGCAAUCUCUCGGGGCCUAUUCCUGAAUCUUCACCUGCACAGAGUAUUUGUUCUUUGAAGGUAGUUCCCUAAACGGAAAAAUAUGAUCCGGUAUAUUCUCCAUUUUAAUCACUAAGUUAUUCAAACUUGAGUUUUAAGUUGCAAGGUCCAUUUCCCGAGUCAAUUCAAAACCUUAUGAGCCUAACUCGACUUGAUCUAUCAUAAGAUCAAGAUACACAAGAUGUUUGAGGCCUGAAAAGAUCAAGUCGCAUUAGGCUCAUAAGGUUUUGAAUUGACUUGGGAAGAGGACCCGGCAACUCGUUAAAGCUCAAGUCUAAGUAGCUUAGUGAUGAGAGGGAGAAUAUACAGGAUGGUAUUAUUCCGUUCAGGGAGUUACCUUCAACGAACAAAUACACUGUGCGGGUGAAAUUCGAAAUAGAUUCAAGAAUAGGCCCCGAGAGAUUGCAAGAAUCAAGUGACAAAUAAUGCAAUGAAGUUAGAUAGCCAAGAGAUUCAGGCAAAUUACCAGAAAAAAUUCACGAUACAGAAUAUAAACUUCUUCAUUCUUGACCUAUUAGUUUAUUUUUGCUGGGUGAGCUAUCUACCAUUGGAUAAGCUGAAAGAUAUAUAGAAGCAGAAGACAUAAUUAUAUUCUUUAAUACUAAAGUUAAUCCAUCAAUAAUUAUAGGGUGUGAAUUGGUGCAGCUAGAUUGUUCAAUUGUGCUUGUAAGAACAUUGAUUUGCUGAAUAAUUGGGAAAAUUAUUAGGUGAGACUUCUACACUAUAAACAUGACUUUGCAUUGCGCUCA